ACAUCCGUCCAUCCGUCCUCGAGCUCCACCCCCCGUCUUUACCAGGCCACCGCACCUCUGACCUCCCUUCCCCCUUAACCUUAAACCCCACAAUUACUUCACUCAUCAGUCAUCACCACACCCCACUAAUCCUCCCACUUCACCCUUCUUCUCCAGUCCACCGCCUUUUCCCCUCACCCCAAUCCCCGUCUCUCUCAUUUCCAAAUCCAGCCACCUCCACCCCUCCCUCUCUCUCUCUCUAUCUCUCCAUGGGCACGCUUCUCCGACGCUUGCUCCUCUCCCUCGCGCUCCUCGCCGCCGCCGCAGCCCCCGGCGCGGCGGCGGCGGCCAGGCUGUCGACGUCGUACUACAGCCGCAGCUGCCCCCGCGUGGAGCAGAUCGUCUCGGACGUGGUCGCCGCCAAACAGCAGGCCAACCCGUCCACGGCGGCGGGCACUCUGCGGCUCUUCUUCCACGACUGCUUCGUCUCCGGCUGCGACGCCUCCGUCCUCGUCUCCCCGCUCUCCUCCGACCGGACCCCGGAGCGCGCCGCGGAGAUCAACCUCUCCCUCCCGGGGGACGCCUUCGACGCCGUGGCCCGCGCCAAGGCCGCGCUCGAGGCCGCCUGCCCGGGCACCGUCUCCUGCGCCGACAUCCUCGCGCUGGCGGCGCGCGACCUGGUGGGGAUCCUCGGCGGGCCGCGGUUCCCCGUCUUCCUCGGCCGCCGCGACGCGCGCCGCUCCGACGCGCGCGACGUGGAGGGCAACCUCCCGCGCACCAACAUGUCGGCGCGGGCCAUGACGGUCCUGUUCGCGCGCAAGGGCAUCACGCCGCAGGAGAUGGUGGCGCUGGCGGGCGCCCACACCGUGGGCUUCUCCCACUGCUCCGAGUUCGCGCACCGGGUGUACAACUACAAGGGCGCAGGCGGCGCCGCCGGCGGGCACGACCCCUCGCUGAACCCGGAGUUCGCGCGGGCGCUGCAGAGCUCCUGCGCCGGCUACGAGAGCAACCCGGACAUCUCCAUCUUCAACGACAUCGUGACGCCGCGGGACUUCGACGAGCUCUACUUCAAGAACCUGCCCCGGGGCCUCGGGCUGCUCGCCUCCGACGCCGCGCUGUGGGAGUACCCGCCCACCAAGGUGUUCGUCCAGCAGUACGCCGACAACCGGACCGCGUUCUUCCAGGACUUCGCCAAGGCCAUGCAGAAGCUCGGCACCGUCGGCGUCAAGACGGGGCGGCAGGGCGUCGUCAGGCGGCAGUGCGACAUCCUCGACUGACCGGCGCGUGGCUUAUGUCCGGUGAUGAGAACUGGACGGUAUUAUUAGGAUUGGAUUUUGGUGUGCGUCCGCUCUGAUUUUCUGAAUGAAGUUGUGAAUUGCGAUGCU